AUGAACAUGCUUGGUUUACAUGAUUCUGAAAAACUCAUCUCCAAGGAAAAAAAGUUUACUGAUUAUGAUGAUGAUCUCUAUAAGUUCUAUCAUCUUGAAGAGUCUCAGAUUAGGGCCAACUCAAAAGGGUUUAAGGUAGAUUUUCAAAUGAGAAAGAAUGUUGUAGAUUGGUUAAUACAAACACACUAUGAACAAAAACUCAUGCCAGAAACCCUCUAUCUUUGUGUCAACGUACUCGAUCGUGUUCUUUCGAAAAUCAAGUUUGAAGUGACGACAGUGGAUAAACUUAAACUCAUCGGUCUCUCCUCUUUGUUGUUGGCUUCCAAGUAUGAACAAAGAAGUGUGGUUGGUGUUUACGAUGUUGAAUACAUGGCUGAUUAUAUUUAUAUGCCGGAAGAAAUAUGUCAAAUGGAGAAGCUAAUCCUACAAAAACUUGGUUGGAUUUUAACGGUUCCAACACCUUAUGUUUUUCUUGUUAGAAACAUAAGGGCGUGUCUUUUAUCCGAUGAAGACAAGAUCAUGGAGAAUAUGGUGUUUUUCUUUUCGGAAGUCAGCUUGACAAAUCAUUCUAUUGUGUGCGACUACAAGCCUUCAUUGAUUGCUGCUUGUUCCGUGUAUUGUGCAAGGUUUGUUGUUGAAAGGUAUCCCUUUUGGAGCAAUGAUUUGAAGAUAUGCACAGGGUACUCCGAGGAAAACUUGUGGUCUUGUGCUAAUGUUAUGAUGAAAUCGUGCAUUCAAAUUUGUGGAGAUGGACACAUGGAAGUUUUUAAGAAAUUUUCAAGUUUAUAUCAAUCUAGGGUUUCAUGUAUUGCUCAAGAAUUUCUCAAAAUUUAA